AUGUCACCCGAUCUUUAUGAAGCAUUUACAAAGUGUAAAAAUAUAGUUGAAAUUGGCAAAACUGCACUGUAUAAUAAAUCUAUUUGUGAUGGUCUUGUUAAGGUAGUGAUAUUUUCAGCAGAACCAAUUGUAAAAUUAUUACAGUAUCAAACAGAUUGUCAAGAAAAUGCAAUUUCAAAUGAAAAGCUAAUCAGGUUCAAAAAUUCUUUGAUGGAUAUCGAAAAAUUAGUUGAAUGUGUGACACAUAUUCGUGGCUCCAUAGAAUAUAAAGAUGUUGAGAGUAUAAAAAAUAAUGUUAAUCAAAUUAUGAAAGAAUAUUGGGCUUGCGUAGAAGACCUGGAUCCGAAAUUCUCAAAUAUGCAUAACAUCGUUGAACAAGAAUAUUUGAAAGACGACGAACUUGAAGAUAAAAAAGAUAUAAAAUUGCCUGAAGAAUUAAUCAGAGAAAUUAAAGAUUCUUUGAAUUCCUGUAAUCCUCACCAUGAAUUAGUCCAAAUAUUUAGAAAUUAUGGGCACUUUGUACCGAAAAAGGUUAUUCUUGGGCAUAAAUUGCAUAGAAUGUCAUGUUUGCAAAAUGGCGUAACCUUGCAAGAAGAGCAAAAGCAUGAAACUAGUGAAUAUUUUAAAACAAAUGAGUUUAAAGAACUUUGGGAUCGAUGGUACAAUUCGAUUGUACAUCUUAACUUUAACAAAUCAUAUUUAUUAUCAAUGAAUUCUAACAUGUUUAGAAGAGAAGAUCUUAUUGGAUGGGCAGAAUCUUGUCUAAAUGGUGAUAACGACAUGCAAUUCAUAAGUUGGGAAUUAUAUCCUUUAUAUGAGCUAUUAGAUGUUAAUUUGAAGCAAAGCGUCAAAGUCAUUUUCGGAAUGGAAAAUAUAAAUGUUAAAAACAAAGUAUUGAUCAACUAUGAUAAAUUAAAAAAAGAAUAUUUGCUCCAUUGGUGUAUUCUUCCUAAAGAUUUUGAAGUUUUAGCUGAUGUUCUUAAGGAUAGAAAGGUCUUAAUAGAUGAUCUUCCCAAAAAUAGGAAUUUAACUACAUUUAUUGAACGUCAAGAACUUUUAACUACUUUGUCUCCUGAAAAUCAAGAUAUUUUUCCGGAAGAAAGAUUUAAUUUGAGCUCAAUUGGCCAAG